GUCGCGCCUCGUUCAACUUUGCUAACAGGUGCCCGAAAAGUCGUAAGGAUUUUAAAGGAAGAAAAUUAAGUCUUAUUAGUGUGUGGCAAUGGAUUUACUGUUUGUCACCGGCUAACUUAUUUGUUUUUGAAGUUAACAAACUCCGAGCUAACCACGGGAAAUUUUAAGGAAGUGUUUUAACAGCUAAUGUUUGACAUGUGUUAUGAUGAAAAUGUAAAUGAUUUAGUGAUUGUGGGGACAUAAUACAUCAUUGGAUUUAGCAGUCGUCUAUUGUAAAAAAUGGAUUCAAACAACGGGUCCUUAUCAAAGCGUGCCUCUCUUGCUGAAGGGAGGCACUUGACAGCAGAUGAGAUGGAUGAGCAGAGAAAGCAGAAUGUGGCCUACGAGUAUCUCUGUCACUUGGAGGAAGCCAAAGUAUGGAUACAAGCCUGCAUUAAUGAAGAGCUGCCCCCUACCACAGAGCUGGAGCAGGGAUUGAGGAAUGGGGUCUUCCUCGCCAAACUGGGGCACUUUCUGGCCCCUCAGGUGGUGCCCCUCAAGAAGAUUUAUGACAAGGAUCAGGCUAGAUACCAGUCCAGGGGGUUACAUUUUCGACAUACAGAUAAUAUAAACCACUGGUUUGUUGCCAUGGAGAAAGUGGGUUUACCACAGAUAUUUUACCCUGAAACAACAGAUGUGUAUGACAGAAAGAAUAUGCCAAGGGUGAUCUAUUGUCUGCAUGCACUCAGUCUGUAUUGUUUUAAACUGGGCAUUGCUCCACAGAUAGAAGAUUUGUAUGGCAAAGUUCAAUUCACAGAGGAAGAGAUCAGCGCCAUGAAGCAGGAGUUGGAGAAAUAUGGGAUUCAGAUGCCAGCUUUCAGCAAAAUUGGAGGAAUUUUGGCAAAUGAGAUGACAGUUGAUGAUGCAGCAUUGCAUGCCGCCAUUAUUGCUAUCAAUGAAGCCAUUGACAAGGAGGAAGCAGAAGAAACGAUGAAAGCUCUUCGUAAUCCCUCGGCAAUGUUGCUGAACCUUGCGGAUGAUCUUCCAGAAAAUUACCAAGUUACCAUGUAUGAGGCCAAAAAGACAAAAGCUGAUAUUGCCCGAAAUAAGAGUAUGGAUCCGGAGACUUAUGAACAUGAUGUGUAUGAUGAAUUACUCACACAGGCAGAAAUUCAGGGCAACAUAAACAAAGUCAAUGCUACUGUUUCCAUGGAAAGACUAAAUGAUGCUUUAACAAAAGGUGACAAUGCUAUUAUAUUACAAAUUCUGAAAUCCCCAAGUCUGGGCAUCAGAGGUGUUCAGGAUGAAAAUAUAGAUUAUUAUGUGCAACGAUUGGAAGAAGUGCGGGAUGUGAAACAGAAUAACAACAGCAAUGAAGUUGUUGCUUUAGAAAAAGAGGAAAUCCAGCAGGCUGUUAACAUGGGGAACUUAGAUGCUGACAAGGAAUAUCAGAGAGCACGGGCUGUUGAUCUUAUAAAUGAAGCCAUUGACAGCUGUGAUGCGGACCAAUUACUAAAAGCUCUACAGAAACCGGAAGCCCAGUUGCCUCCUGUAUUUGAUUUUGCUAAUGCUCUUUAUUUUGAAGAGUUCCACAACAUGCGAGAUGAAAAGCAAUCAGAGUUAGAUUAUGAUGAAAUUUCAGCAGCUGUUAGAGUGCUUUCAUCUGUAGCUAAAAUUAACGAAGCUGUUGAUGUCGGAGAUCAAGAGAGGACGUACAAGGCUCUAUGUAAUUCAGAGGCUUGCAUUCCAAAUCUGGAUGAAACUAACGCUGAUCGAUACCAAAUUCUGCUUCAAGAGAGUAAAGAAGCCAAAUCAGAUAGUCCUUGUGACCUGCUGACCCAUUAUGAGAUUUGCACCUGUGUAGACCAAGUCAAUCAACAAGUCAUUGAGGAGCAUCAAAGAAUUGAAGCACUAAGACACAUAAACGAAGCCAUAGGAAAGGGGGAUCCUAAGACGACUUUGGAGGCAUUGCAGACCCCUGAAGCCAAAUUGCAGGAUGUUGUGGAAGCCCAGGACUACCGUUAUCAUGUACUUCUCGUACGAGAGAAAGUGAAAAAGUCCGAGAAAAGCCAUGAUGAAGAAGUGGAGCUGUGGGUGGAGGAAAUUCAGACUGCGGUUGAGAAUGCCAAUAGGGAUGCUCAAUUUGGAGUGAAAUUGUCUGAAGGAGUGGAGAAUGUAAAUGUUGCAAUCAAUGAAAAUGACGCCAACAAGCUGUUAGAGAACAUGGCUGUCCCAGAACUCGCCAUUCACAGUGUGAUCACAGAUUGUAAGGGGACGUACCUGGAGAAAUUGCGUGAAGCCAGAGAGGAGAAAAAAGAUCAAGGGAAGAGUGGAAGUGGGUGGAUGAUGAACAGAUUGAAGGAUGGGUCCAAGUUCUACUACAAUACACAAACGAAGGAUUACAAGUGGUCACGCCCAGAAGAUGUGGUCAAGGAUCACGGGCUACUGAACAAGGAGGAAAUUCAGCGAGUCAUUUCAAAUGUGACAGCAGCACACGAUCGAGAACAUUUGUUUAUGUCGAACGAAAAUCUGAUCGUCAAAAUCCAGGCAACUUACAGAGGUUACCAGGCCAGGAAAUCCUACAAAGAGAGACUGGAUUUCAUGAAACGGCAGCUUCCUCUGAUUUUGAAGAUACAGUCGAAAUGGAAAAUGGUCUUACAGAAGAAGAAAUACAGGGACAGACUGAAGUACAUGAAAGAGAAUGAAAAGGCAGCCAUUAAACUCCAAGCCCAUGUUAGAGGAUUGAAAGCGAGAAAAGCAUAUCAAGCAAGGAAGAAGUUCUUCCAUGACAAUGUAGCAGUGGUUAUUAAGUUGCAGUCCUAUUUUAGAUCGAACAAAGCCCGGCACGAUUACAUUUCUCUCAUGAAUGAAGCAAAUCCACCAUUACCUGUGGUUCAGAGAUUUGUGCAUCUUUUGGAUUUCAGCGACAUUGACUAUGCUGAAGAAAUUGAAUUGACGAAAACCCGUCAGAAGGUUGUGGCUGAGAUCAAAUCAACUAAACAGCUGGAAGAUGAUCUGGAUCAGAUGGACAUUAAAAUCGGUCUGCUCAUCAAAAACCGGGUCACACUACAGGAUGUUGUCACACAUGACAAGAAGCUAACAAAGCACCGCGAGGACAGCAUGCAAAUGCCCAAAGGUCUGAAGGGGUUAAGCAAGGCGUGUCACGACCGUCUGGAGGCCUACCAACAUCUGUUUUAUCUACUACAGACAAAUCCAAUGUACUUAGCUAAGCUCAUCUUUGAGAUGCCACAGAACAAAAUGACCAAAUUCAUGGAGGCUGUGAUCUACUCGUUGUUUAAUUAUGGAGCCAAUCAAAGGGAGGAGUAUUUGUUGUUGAAACUCUUUCGUAAAGCUUUGGAGGAAGAAGUUGAAUCUAAGGUGGACAAGAUGAGCGAUUUUGUGACAGGAAACCCUCUGGUUGUAAAAAUGAUUGUUGGAUUUAACAGAAAUCAAAGGGGACAGAACUCCUUGAGAGAAAUGUUGAACCCACUGAUUCUUGAGGUCAUUGAGGACAAACACUUGAGGAUUAACACUAAUCCAGUAGAAGUUUACAAAGCAUGGAUUAACCAGACAGAGACCUCAACAGGGAAAGCCAGUGGUUUGCCGUAUGAUGUAACAACAGAACAAGCUUUAAAACACGAUGAAGUGAAGACGUUAUUGUCGGAGUCUAUAACACGGCUGACCGAAGUCACUGAUAAAUUCCUUAAUGCGAUCUUUACUUCACUAGACAAAAUUCCAUAUGGAAUGCGAUUUAUGGCUCGAGUGCUCAAGGCAGCUCUAGAGAGAAAAUUCCCUGAUGCUGCAGAAAAAGAUGUUCUUAAGAUUGUGGGGAAUUUAUUGUACUAUCGAUACAUUAACUCAGCCAUUGUGGCCCCUGAUGCUUUUGAUAUUAUCAACGUGGAAGCUGAUAAACAACUGUCUAAUGAUCAGAGAAGAAAUUUGGGAUCUGUGGCCAAAAUCCUGCAGUUCGCUGCAUCAAACAAAGGGACAUCAUAUGAACAUUAUUCAGAAUUCGGUGGAGACAGUUCUUACUUGGCUGCCAUGAAUGAUUACAUCCGACAAUCUCACGAGAAAUUCAAGAGAUACUGUGUAGAGGCCUGCGAUGUCCUGGAGCCUGAGGCGUACUUCAAUGUAGACCAGUAUUCAGACAUAGUCACCAUUGCCAAACCUUCCAUUUACAUCUCAGUACAAGAAAUUAUUGAUACUCAUCAGCUUCUCCUUCAGCACCAGGACCAGAUAGCCCCAGACUCGCAGGAUCCCAUCCACGAACUUCUGGAGGAUCUCCGAGAAGUCCCCUCAGUGGAUGAACUGUUGGGGACAGACCUACCUGAGGAUGAGGAAAUGAAGAAAAUGUUGCAGACGCAGUUAGGAAAAACAGAGAUCUCUCUUAUGCUGAGUAACAAGUUUGAGGUGCCUGAGGAUGACCAGGCAGACGUCAAACAACUCCUAGUCAGAACAAAAAGGCUUGUAGUGGAUGUCGUAGCUUGCCAAACGGGGGACACACUUUUACAGAUUUUGGAUACCCCUGCUACAGAGGAACAGGAAGAAUUGCAUCAAGCACUGGUGAAAAAGAGAGAUGAGCGGGACCAGCGAGCGAAACUGGACAGCGAGGGAGGACUGGUCAGACAACAAAGUAUUUCAGGGGAUACACGAAUGCCACUUGGUAUAAUGAAAACAAAGAUCAAGAAAAGUUUACAGAACUUGGAGCUGAAUGAGAUGGUAACGCGCAAAAAUGGCUACCAGGAUUUAGUCAAUAUGAUCGCUCAGGAUAUAAGAAAUCAGAGGCGAUACAGAAACAGUCGCAAACAUGAGCUGAUGAGGGUCAGAGAAACUGUGAGGAGUUUACAGGAAAAACGAGCAUUUUACGAAUCCCAGAUUGAUUACUACAAUCGCUAUGUCCAAAAAUGCAUUGAAAAUCUGCAGCAAAGGGGAAAUAACAAGAAGUCUAAGGGAUUGUUCCGAAGAGGAGAGAGUGGACGUAAAGUGCAUUUUGAAACCUUGAAAUACAGUGCAGCCAAGCUUCACGAGAAAGGAGUCAUUCUAGAGAUCGGGACACUACCAACCAACCAGUUUAAGAAUGUCCAGUUUGAGAUCAAAGAAACUGCUGAUCCAGGAACAUUUGAAAUCCAAGCAAAAUUCCUGGGAAUGGAUGUCAAAAACAUCAAUCUAGUCUUCCAGGAUUUGUUACAGCUUCAGUAUGAAGGUGUUGCUGUCAUUGAACUCUUUAAUGAUGCAAAGAUCAAUGUCAACUUGCUCAUUUUUCUUCUCAACAAGAAAUUUUACAGUCAAGGGAAGUAACUGUGCACAGGGCGAAUACGAAAUGAAGCAUGUGUUCAGGACACCAUUCCAUUGGAUGUGGCACCACAUUCUCGCUGAUUUGAAGUGCAAUAAAAUUUUGGUUCUUGUCAUUUACAUUAAUUAUCUCAUUAUUUAUCAGUAUUUACCACCAGAUAAGAAAAUAUUUUCUGUAGAAAUAAGCUUUUAUUACACUUUGUGUGGCCUUGAACCACAAGAUUAGAAUCUCUGCAUUAGCUUGUAUUUCUUAUUCCAAUUGUUUAUGAGGUGUAUAUAUACUUUUUUUUUUUUUUUUUAGGAAUUGUUAUUUAAAUAUGUGUAUGCCAGUGCUUUUUGCAAAAGAGUACGAUAUAAUUUGAAAUUCAUAUUUUGUAUGUGAAAGUUCUCUUCUGUGGUGUUUCUGUAAAACUGAAAAUGUCAUGCAAUCUUGAAACCUUUUGCAAACUAGAAUGUAUGGGAUGUUAGAGAAAUGUUUUAUUUCAUGCUUGAUGUCAAAUUUUAAAACAAAAUAUAUGCGAACAACUAUGGUGGUGAUAAAACUUUUGAAUCCAUUUUUUUAAGGUCAAAAUUGGUAUAGUUGUUUUGUUUCAGGUUAACUAUGCGUGUCAAAUAAAAGCUGCUGUACAGGUGAAUUUUUUGUUCCUUAAAUGAAUUGGUUUGGGACCAAAUUCAAAUCAACAUUCCUUUUAUCUGAUGUACGAAAGGAUUUUUUUAUGUAAUGAAUGGAGAUCUCUGAUACUUUGUCUGUUUUAAAUUUCUUUAGGAUUACAACAUUGUCGUGGAUAUAUAUUUCAUUCAUUACUUCAUACAUUGUGUAUGCACCCAUUUUUUUUUUUGAUGUUUAAAAACCAAAAUUUAAGUUCCAAGUCCUUUGAUCUUUAAAUGUGUAUUAGAAGUAUGCUAAUUUACAGGUAUCUGUGAAUUCAGGCAGACUGACAAAACAAUAGCUAUAGUUUUGGGCAAAGAAAAGAAUGGAACUUUAUUUUGCUUUAAAUGGAAGACAGUUGCUGUCUAAAACUCUGGGUAAUUUCAAAUUCAUACCAAAAUUUGUAUUCUUAAAGUACAUCUCUUGACGGAGCUUUUAUGGUGCUAUACAAGUGGCUAGACCAUUUUAUUCUACAAUAAAUGUGAAGGAAAACCA